AAUCACUCUCCAUCCGUCUCAAUUACAAAGACACAUGUCUAGAUUGUUGUUUGAAUAACUAUGCACAUUUCAGAGAACAAGGCGAGAGCUUUACGAGGAGAGCUUUACCAUGCUUUCACACCUGAGCUAGUCGCAGAGCGACGUCGUUGUGGACGUGCUUGCGUAAAGUACAACAAGGCAGGGGAAGAUGACACAAUGACCAGAAGACGUCAGGUCGAGUUGUGGAAAGACAUUGUGGGAGAUACCAGACCAUUACCUCCUCGCAAGGAAGGUAGCACAGAAGAUGAAGAUGAAGAGCUGCUCGGCUCCGAACCAUGGGUCGAGGCCCCCUUCCGAGCUGAUUUCGGUACGAAUGUCCGCCUGGGAGAAGGUGUUUUCAUCAACUUCAACUGCACUAUCAUUGACACGUGUCUUGUUUCCAUCGGUUCAAGAACUCUGUUAGCACCCAAUGUGAGCCUAUACUCUGGCACUCAUCCUCUUGAUCCCGACCUAAGGAACGGAACAAAUGGCCCGGAGUCUGGCAAGCCCAUCACAAUUGAGGAAGAUGUGUGGGUUGGUGGUAAUGUGACAGUCUGUCCUGGUGUGACCAUUGGACGUGGCAGUGUCGUCGGCGCCGGCAGCGUUGUAACCAAAGUAAGUCUAACAAUGUUCUACUUGUUGCAAGUGUAAGUAGAGCGUACUCACACCCCAUUCAGGAUGUGGCGCCGUACACAGUAGUGGCAGGCAACCCGGCAAGGGUGAUCAAGCAAGCGCCGAGAAACACCACUACUGAGGAAGAGAGAG